CGGUGUCCCUCUUCUUGGCAAUUCCAUAUAAGAAGUGGCUCUCCCGUAUCGUCUACGGUUUCGUCUUAUCACGAAAGGUCAAAUCGAUUCGACUCGGAGAGCGCAUUCGAGCGCUUCCAGAAGUCUUUGGUCGCCAAAGUAUUCCUUACAUCGGAGAGUAGCCCGUUCACUGGCAAAGACAGGAAUACGAGCCAAUUCGCCAACAUGUCGUCCAUCACAUCAAUGCUGUCGGCGACGGCUACAUCGUCAGCCGCGCCCACCAGCACCGGCGGAAACAGAGCUCCCUCGCAGGGUGGUGUUAUCGAGGGCGCAAACCCCUCGCAUUACAAUCCGAAGGAUCCCAUCACUAUUUUCAUCAUCCAAGCCGGACUCAUCAUCAUAGUCUGCCACCUCCUCCACUGGCCUCUGUCCAAGAUCCGGCAACCACGAGUGAUAGCCGAAGUUAUUGGCGGCAUUGUUCUGGGCCCCUCGGUGCUGGGUCGAAUUCCCGGCUUUCGCGCUGCAAUUUUCCCUACGGAGUCGAUCCCCAACUUGACGCUGGUAGCCAAUCUCGGCCUUGUUCUCUAUCUCUUCCUUAUUGGUCUUGAGACAGACGUUCGCUUCCUCGUCAGCAAUUGGCGAGUCGCUACUUCAGUAGCAUUCGCCGGCUUAGCUCUACCCUUUGCGUUCGGUUGUGCCCUCGCAUGGGGUCUCUACAACCAAUUCUCUGGUGACGAGGGUGUCAUGCACAUUGACUUCCCAAUCUACAUGCUGUUCAUCGGUGUUGCUAUUGCAAUCACGGCUUUCCCAGUUCUGUGCCGUAUCCUGACCGAAUUGAAGCUCCUUGAUACCUCUGUCGGUGUUAUCGUGCUUUCAGCUGGUGUUGCGAACGACGUUGUUGGCUGGAUUCUCCUUGCCCUAUGUGUUGCUCUCGCCAACGCCGGAACAGGUCUUUCAGCCCUUUGGAUCCUUCUCGCGUGUGUCGGUUACAUGUUAUUCCUGUUCUACCUUGUGAGGCCAGCUUUGGUCUGGCUGUUACGUCGAACUGGCAACAUUGAGAACGGACCUUCCCAGAGCAUGAUUGCGCUUAUCCUUCUGAUCGCCCUGGCCUCGGCUUUCUUCACUGGUAUCAUUGGCGUUCACGCAAUUUUCGGAGGGUUCAUGGUUGGCCUCAUCUUGCCCCGCGAGAACGGCUUUGCUAUCAAGGUCACUGAAAAGUUGGAAGAUUUGAUCGGUGCUCUGUUCUUGCCCUUGUAUUUUACGCUCUCUGGGCUCAACACCAACCUGGGUCUCCUUGACAGCGGUAUCGCCUGGGGAUACGUUAUCGCUGUUACGUUCACCGCCUUUUUGACCAAGGUUAUUGGCGCCAGUCUCGCUGCUCGGUUGAACGGACUGGUCUGGAGAGAGUCUUUCUCCAUCGGGGCUCUGAUGAGUUGCAAAGGUCUCGUCGAGUUGAUCGUCCUUAACAUCGGUCUACAGGCUAGGAUCCUAAGCACCAGGACAUUCACCAUUUUCGUUGUCAUGGCUCUUCUGACCACCUUCGCAACUACUCCUCUAACCUCCUUCCUAUACCCUCGCUGGUACCAGAAGAAGCUCGAGGCUUGGAAGCGUGGUGAGAUUGACUGGGACACUGGUGAACCCAUCUCGAGUCACGGCGGAUCGACCGAUGACCAUGAAUUCACCAAGCCAACCAAUGAUCGUGUCCAGCGCCUGUUGGUGUACCUUCGACUGGACAACAUGCCUGCCUUACUCAACUUGGUCUCCCUGUUCGGGAAACAGUCCGGCUCAGGAGACCAAUUUGUUGAAAGCGACGAGAAAGGCGGUAUGAAGUCGGACACUGUGGCGCUGAGUUCUUCCAACGGUAUUAGAGCUGUGCGGGCUCAUGGCUUCCGCCUACUCCAUCUUACAGAUCGUGACUCUUCCGUCAUGACUGUGUCUCAGGUCGACGAUUUUAGUCGCAAUGACCCUGUCGUGAACAUCUUCCGUACCGUGGGACAACUGAUCAGGGUUGCCGUUUCCGGGGAGGUGUCGAUCAUGCCAGAAACUCGCUUUGCUGAAGCUCUCCUAUCCAAAUCUUCGGAUAUUUCCUCUGACCUUCUUCUCGUCCCCUGGAGCGAGAGUGGUAGCUUAGUCGACACACAGGUCCUGUCGGCAGACGGUUCCAACAAGCUGGGAUCAACAUACACCGGUUUCGCCAAGUCAAUCCUCGACUCCCCGGAACACAACAUUGGCAUUUUCUUCCCCAAGGGCAGUGCUACUCAACCUACCUCGGACGGUAGUAGCGACCGCAAAAGGCUAUCCCGAGCAUACUCAUUCAGCGACAUCCAUCAUGACAUCCCGACGAUUCCUGUCACAAACAAAUCUCACCAGAUCUUCAUGCCAUACUUUGGCGGCAAGGAUGACAAGCUCGCCCUCAAGCUGGUGCUUCAAUUGUGCGAGAAGCACAACGCUCAAGCGACCGUGGUACAUUUCACCGGGACAGCUGAGGGAGAUUCUCAAUCUCAUGAGGGUGACUACUUCGGAUUCGUGUCAACGCACGUACCUGCCAAUGUGGCGCCGCGCAUUAAGUUUGAGACUUCUUCUUCUUCGAAUGCUCUGGAGGCUGCUUCGAGCUAUGCCGCGUCGGGCGUCAGGACAGAUACACGAGAAGUCACCUGGCACAACCUGGUUGUUCUUGGUCGCAGGAGUGCUGUGAAAGCGAUUGAAGGUAAGGCGUCUGCCAGGGUGUCUGAAGAUAUCAAGGACUGCCUGGGUAUUGCUGCGGGUGUUUUGAUUACAGCUGGUGUGAAGGCGGAUCUGCUUGUUGUUCAAGCCAAAUCUUCAAGUAACUAGUCGAAGCUUAGUACUCUAGUUGUUGAUUUAAUACCAUCUAUUUCCUCUAUACGAUCCAAAUCCACGUCAAUCCUGCCUGCAUAGUAGUAAGCAUGAAUAAACUCGCUCAGCACUUGACACUUGCUGCGUUGCGGUGUUCGCUAUCAGGUUUGUGUG